CACAAACAGAUCCUCUGCUGAAAUUCACAUUCAACUAGGCACAGGACCCUGCGCGGUGAAUUGGAUCCCUUACUGCGUUUUCCAUCUAAAUAGAAAUAAACAACAUGCUCUUCUAGAUACGGCAAGAUUGUUAAGUUUUUACGAAAUGACAGAACCUGGGAAACGUUUAAAUACUGUUUGAAGGGAAGUUACUACAAAGAGAAGAAAAGCACUUGUUGGUGAACCAGUCUGAUGUUUCCUGGGACAGUAGCAGUGUUGCACGUGUUGACUUGACAACCAGAGGUGACAACCAGGUGAAGCAACCAACCCAAACACACACACACAUAGUGUCAGCAUCUCUGGGAGUGUGUGUGUGUGUGUGUGUGUGUGUGUGUGUGUGUGUGUGUGUGUGUGUGUGUGUGUGUGUGUGUGUGUGUGUGUGUGUGUGUGUGUGUGUGUGUGUGUGUGUGUGUGUGUGCCUGAGAUCGGGAUGCCUUGGAGGGGGCUUGCCUGGUGGACCCCCCACUGACCUCCCCAGAAAACGCCCACUACCCCACCCCCAACCGUUACCCUUCUACCUCCACCCCGGCCUCAGCAUGGCUGGUCUGGUGCUGAAUGAGACAGGCAUGGAGGACUGUGGGAUAGAUGACAGCUUUAAGUAUGACCUGUACAGCGUGGUCUACAGCGUGGUGUUUGUCCUGGGGCUCUGCACCAACUGUGCUGCUCUCUUUGUGUUCUGCUUCCGGAUGAAGCUACGCAACGAGACAACGCUGUUCAUGACUAACCUGGCGUUGUCAGACCUUGUGUUUGUGUUCACACUGCCCUUCAAGGUCUACUACAACGUCAACCGACACUGGCCCUUUGGAGAUGAACUUUGCAAGGUAUCAGGAACAGCGUUCAUCACCAACAUCUACGGUUCCAUGUUGUUUCUCACCUGCAUCAGCGUGGACCGCUUUCUGGCCAUCGUCUACCCCUUCCGCUCACGCUCAGUCCGCACGAGGAGGAACGCAGGCCUGGUGUGUGCUGCGGUCUGGCUCACCAUCGUGGGUGGAGGGAUAUCGGUCACCUUCUUUUCCACGAUCAACCAGGCGAACCGCGCCACGGCCUGCUUCGAGGGAUUCUCCAAGAGCACCUGGAAGACAUACCUGUCUAAGAUCACUAUUUUUAUAGAGAUCGUAGGUUUUCUCCUCCCACUCCUAACCAACCUGGUGUGUUCCUCUCUGGUGCUGAGAACCCUCCGUCGCCCAGGGACCAUCGGCCACGGCUGCAACAGCAAGCGCCGGGUGCUCCGUAUGAUCCUCGUCCACCUGGCCAUCUUCAUCAUCUGCUUCGUCCCCUACAACUCCAUCCUCUUCCUAUAUGCCAUGGUGCGGACCCAGGCUCUGGCCAACUGUAACCUUGAGAGGUUUGUCCGGACGCUGUACCCCAUCACCCUGUGUCUGGCCACCCUCAACUGCUGCCUAGACCCAGUGGUGUAUUACUUUACAUCUGAGUCCUUCCAGAAGAGUCUCACCACAGGGGGGAAGGGAGGGGUCCGGGCUGAGAGCAUCCCCCGCAGCGACACACACCUGAGUAGUGAGGCAGAGACGCAGCAGGACACAGGGACAAUGACCAGGGAUGGGAGACCGUGGAGAGACACACGGGACUGGACAGUCACCAGGAGAGACUCACAAGAAGCAUCACUCACUAGAAACACCCAGGACGCAUAUGCUCUCGCCAGCAAUGGGAAAGAUACGGGAGUGAAUGAGACUCAGUUCUGACACUACGGGUGAGAGAGAAAUAAAAAGAGAGAGAGAGAGAUGGAGAAAGAGAGCGAGGGGACAGUUCAGGAUGGAGAAAUCAGGUUUCUGAGUUUAAGCCCUAGUUCAAAGCCACUGUAUCUCCGCUCCAAACAAAAGAAAUAUGUCACUUUCUCUUUGGAAGAGCAGGGAUUGAAUGCCGUCUGAAACAAACCCUGUCAAAAAGUCUGAUGAUAGUUUGGGUCUCUGCCGCUCUUUUGGCAUAGUGCAGGUGAAGCCUUCCUGCAGCUCGCCUGAGCAGUUCUUCCACUGUCAGGAGAAAUGGUAAUGCAUAUCAAUAUAUGUUAAUUGCAUGCAAAUAAAGAUUGCUUUGCU